AUUUUAGAUGUCACUGUCUUUGUGUCUCUGACUGUACAGAAUGGGCACCCCGUGGAGAAUGGCCCAUAUGUUGGCCACCAAACUGGCCCCUCUCCCAGGACCUGCUGCUUGCCAGGUUUGUCGGCAUGCCAGUCGAGGCGCAUACGGGUGGAUGUCACAGAGGUAUCCUGAUUCUCAUCCAAAACAGAGACGACAGGAAGACAUGUUUGAAGAUGACCAUGAUAUGGAUGCAGUAGAAGCCAAAAUGAACUCUAUUAUUAGUGAAGAGAAGAAAAGGCGUAAAGCAGCAAAGUUUCACAUCAUCAAGAGGAAAAUGAACAAUCCUGGAGCCCCAGAGAGAAGACUAAGCUGGGAUGCUAUUCAGCAGAUAAGGUAUCAGUAUGAAUAUGUCUGA